UUCGUGAAUAACGUUGAUCUGACAUUUCAUUUGGGAUCGAAACUCAAAAUUAUUUUACCUAUUAUGCUUUAAGUUAACAACCAAAGAGAAGUUACGGAUGCUGCAGCAUGCGUCGCAAAGCUCGACCUGACAAAUGGCGCCGAAUUAAAAAACUACAUAUCGAUAUGAAGGAGGGUCAAACAGGUCAAACGUAUGCCAUAUCCGGUGAAGCCCAGACCGCCCUCUCGGCCGUCAUCGAAAGUAUGCUGGAGGAGUGCCUGGUAGACGCCAAGAACUUAGCUACGAUGGCUGGUAAAAGCUACGUCACCCCUGAAGAAAUGGAGAACGCAUUAAGGAAACUCUGCUUACGUUUAAACGCGCAGCCAAGCAUGUUGAGUAAACAGAAAGUUAACACGCAGCAGCGCGAAGAUCUGAACUGAGAGUUUCGCAAAAUGUUCCCGAGGAGAUGUCUUUACGGUGUCAAACAAUUUAAAUGUCAAAAAACAGAAAGAGAGAAAGAGAGAGAGAGAGAGAGAGAGAGAGAGAGAGAAAAUGAAAGAAGAAAAUUCUUGUGUUAUCGUCUAUAUUGCUAAUAAAUGUCGAAUAAUAAUUGUACGAAAGUGUUACCGUUCGCGAACAGUGUUCAACUUUAUUGUUCAUAAUAUUCAUCGUGAUUAUUCAUAUAGCGAUUCUGUUGAGAAAAUUAAGAAAAUUAUUUUAUUACUUUGUGAAACGUGUAAAGAAUAAUGAUAACUAUAAAUAAUUGAAUUCUCGUUUAAAUAAAAAGAAUAAGAAUGCAGCGAUUUGAAA